AUGACGGACUGGUUCAUGAGCUGCUACAUUGGGAUCCUGCCCAUCGAGAUGACGCUCUGCGUGUGGGACGUGUUCUACGAAGAAUCCAAGACUCUGUUCCGCAUCGCGCUUGCCAUCUUCAAGACUGGCGAGUCGAAGAUUGGGGCCGUGUCGGAUCCGUUAGAGAUGUUUGGCAUUAAGGAGCGUCGCCAAGAGCGCCGCGAUAAGACGCACUAG